CAGCGAUAUUUUGAAAAUAUUACAUAAAUAGUUUAACGGAGAGAUAAAGCUGACAGAAAUGGAAAAACAUUUAGGAUUAAGCCAGGGCUUUAAGCAACUGGUUAAAGAGCAAAAUGCCCGUUCCACGUCUAAGAAAGGUUCCAGAACUCCGGGAGACGAAUUGAAAAGCUUAGAAAAAUCCAGAGGCAGAAACGAAAAAAUAUUGCAAUCCAUUAAUUCUAGUAUAUCAAGUAAAUUAAUGCCUAAUGACAUUCGUACUGUAUUAAGGAAAGAUGACAUCGAUGCCCUCAUAAAGAAAGACCAGAAACGAACAAAAUCUACGAUUAAAGUUCCAAAUGACUUUGAGGAAAAGAUAUUCGACGUGGCAAAAAGAAAUAUAUUGAAUGGGAAAACAACGCGCCUCACUAACAGUCAAAAUUUUAUUGAAAAAUACGGAAGUGGCGAAGGUUGUCUAAGAUCAAAAUUAAGUAAUGAAAAAGUGAGAAAAAAUAGAUGUAAACGCAAUAGUGACCUGCAAAAAUCUAAUUAUAUAUCUGACGAUAAUGAGGAUGCAAACUUAUAUUUGCAAAAUAAUUAUUUGAAAUCUAUAGUUAUGAAUUCUGAUUUGGAUGAUGAUACGGAGUCCGAUAGUGAUAUAAAAGAAAUAACGAAACAAACUAAUUCAACAGUGAUAAGUCCUAGAACUAUAUUCACAAAAUCUUCGUACGAUGCAUUCAAUGAAUUUGAAUCAAAGCCUCAGAAGAAAAAUAAGAACGAAAAAAUUUCUCGAGCCACAAACAGCGCUAAUUUGAAUGUUAAAAGCUCGACAAGCGAAAAUAAAAACGAUGAUUCAGAAGAAAGUGGAAUGUCGUAUUUAAUGAAGAAAUAUUUACAAGCGAGUGACGAAGCAGCUAGAAAAUUUUCCGAAUCCGCUCGUAUAUCACAAUUUAUGAAAAAUUCAAGUACUCAGGCAAACAUUGGUGAAAAUUCGGAAAAAGGGCCCGUAAGAAUGAAAAAAUCCGUGUCCUCGAUAAACAGUCCAAAGAGUAGUAACAUUAGGACUACAAGAAAUAUCAUUUCAAAAUUGCACAGCUUCAAAAGAACAUAAA